AAAGAUUUGAGAAAUUCAUUUUUAAAACUAACACUAAAGGAAGACACUAUCAACUGCAAUACUGCAAUAACCAUGGCUGCCUGUGACAAAGAUCCACUGCGCUUGGUCCUCCUGGGCAAGACAGGGGUUGGCAAAAGUGCCACAGGAAACACCAUUUUCGGUGAGAGAGUAUUCAAAUCUGAAGCAAGAGCCGUGUCUGUUACAAAGGAAUGCACAUCUGAAACAAGAAUUAUCAACAAACAAAGUAUUACAAUCAUUGACACACCUGGUUUAUACGACACAACAAUGUCUGCCGAGUUCAUUGAAAAAGAGACUGUGAGAGGUGCACAAAUGGUAGCUCCUGGUCCUCAUGUAUUUCUUCUUCUGCUUGAUGUGAAGCGUCACACUGAAGAGGAGAGAAAUACUGUCAAGAAAUUUCAAGAAAUCUUUGGUGAUGAUGUGUCCAAGCAUAUGAUUGUGGUCUUCACUCAUGGAGAUGACCUUGAGUUUGACAAUAAAACCAUAGAACGCUACAUCCAUGAAGCUGGAUCUCACCUUCAGAGCCUAAUAUCUGCAUGCAAACAGAGAUACCAUGCGUUUAACAACAGGUCGCAGGACCGUACCCAAGUAGAUCAAUUCCUGCAAAAGAUUCACGAGAUGCAGAGGGAAAACAAUUAUAGUUAUUAUAGCUAUGAUUUGUUUUCAAAAGCACAGGCUCUCAAAGAAGCAGAAGCAAAUGAAAGAGAGUGGCAACGAAGAUAUUCAGAAUUGGAGCAACAAGCGCAGAUGUCAGGAACAAGAAAAUUGUGCAUUAUACUAUAAUGGAGACUGUAUGAUGAUGAUGAUCUCCUUUAGAAAGACAAAAGCUGAGAAUAUAAAAGAAAUUGAUUUUGAAGUAUCCAGUUAAGAAAAAUGUCUAAACAAAAAUACUGAAAAACAGAAAUACUGUUAAGUGCUACAAUUUUAAGGAUCUUUCUGUCUAAUUGUAGUUGAUGUAACAUGCUACUAUAAGCACUGAUGAUCUGGUUUUUUUUUAAUUAUGUAUAUCACAUGGAGUACUCUAUAUUAUAACGUUAUAUUCUUUAUAUGGGAUAUUGGUUUAGCACAGCAAUUUACUCUUUGUAGAUGUUUUCAGGGAAAGUACUAUCGAGCAUAGAGAGUUUUAACAGACAGUACUGUGUAAACAAAAUUAAGUGAUUUUUUUUUAUCUUAGAGACCAGAUUAAAAAAAACGUGAAAUCAUAAGUUCAAUCAUCAAAUACAGCACAUGUUGUCAAAAAUUAAAAGUUUAAAUUUGAAUUUAUCCACCAGUCAGUGACGAGCAUCCUGAGAGAACAACAUGCUGUAAGUCUAAUGCUUUGCUUUUCUUGCUUUGUCAUUUGGAAGUGGUGUCAGGGAUGCAUUUUCUAACAUGGUUGUUUAAAAAUGUUUCAGAUUGGCUGAUAAAACCAGAGACUGAAACUCAAAUAUUAAAACUAUUUAAUGACAGAUGGGGGGGGGGGAUUGAUGGUUAUUGUUAUGUGGUGGAUUAUGUAUAACACUGUGCAAAAGUCUUAGUUUGCCUAAUUAUUUUAGACAAAUUUCAUCUUAGUUGUUUAUUUUAGGAAUUUUAGGACUAGAAUGCUGGGUCAGUAAAAACAACAUUUCACAAACAGUACUUGAAAAAUGUUAGUAUGUCAGUAAAGAAAGGAACAUAUGUAACAGUCCAACAUCAACUAAUAAACUGAUUCCUGCAACAACAAAAGCAACAGUCAAAGUUUUAAUUUAGACAAAUUUACUCACCAAUAUUCUCAUAAAACUUCAUGAAGUGUCCCAAAUAUUGGCCUUGUGUCAGUUUAAUGUUGUUUACUGCUCUUUAUAGUACAUUUUCUUUUAAUAUAGAAAAAAAGUUUAUUAUUUCAUUUUGUUUUAAUGUUUAAUAUCAUUAUUUUCAAAGCAACAUUGAUUUACAGCAUUACUUUACAUGUGCCUAAGAUUUUUCACCUGUAGUGUAUGUCAUGUAGCAUAAUGUACUAUAAUUUAAUGUUGUACAAACAAUAUAAGGGAUGUUUAUUUUAAAGAUGCCUACAAAUCAAAUGGCAGUUUAAGCUGUUUCCAGUGACAUAUGUACAUAUAGCAUGGGGGAGGAAAAGUACUGUGGAGCAUGUCAAGCAUUGUCUGGACUUUGGGGAGAAAUUCUGAUCAUAUUACAAAUGUUCCAGAACCUGACCCAGAUUUGUUUUAAUAGCUUCUUGAUCUUCAUGAUGUUGCUUGUUUUUCACUGUCCACUAAUAAACUGGGGUAGUUAUAUCAAGAUUAUUGGACACAAAUUGCAUAAAAGUUGGCUCCAUUCAACUAAUUCAGGUACUCUAGAUGGCAAAUGGUUGCACUGGAAUUAUUUUAGGGGUUUCACAGCAACAAGGAUGAAUACUUAGGCGAUCACAGCUUUUAUGUUUUUUAUUUGUUAAAAAAAAUGCAAUGUCUUCACUCAGACUACGUUAUGUACAUUCAUUGUGUCUAAUCUUAAUAAAAUCAAUUUUAAUUCCA